AUGUCAGAAUCUGACGCUAAAUGUAAAGAAGAUGCGACUACCGAAGUUCCUGUGAAGGAAGAGGAUUCUAAUCCAAUUAUUAGAGCACCACAGUUUCCUCCACCACCAGAGGGAAUAUCUAAAUCUCAAUGGAAGAAAAUAUGCAGAAAGAAGCGCUUUGAAGAGACCAAAGCCGAGUAUGCGUUGAUACGUAAAGAGAAGAAAGCUAAGGCGAGACAAGCUCGUCGUGAAAAGUUGCAAGAAUAUCUUGACAAAGGAGAAGAGAUUCCAGAGGAUCUAAAACGCCCACCAAAGGUGAAUCUAAAUCAAAAGGAUUCUGGAAUUUCCAUUAUUCUCGACUGCGCCUUUGAUGACUUGAUGAAUGAUCGUGAAGUUGUCAGUUUGUCUACCCAAAUCACUAGGGCAUACUCUAGUAACAAGAGAGAGAAUCAUUAUGCAAAGAUAAAGGUCACUUCUUUCGAUAAAAGAUUGAAGCAACGUUUCGACAACGAGUUGAGUAAUUGCAACUAUAGUAACUGGAAGAAUUUCACAUUCGAUUCCGAUCCUACAUUGCCUACAGAGAAUGUUGUGUACUUAACUGCGGAUACAGACGAAAAGUUGGAAACAUUGGAGCCUGGCACUACUUACAUUGUUGGUGGUAUAGUGGACAAAAACAGACACAAAAAUUUGUGCCUCAAUAAAGCCAAAGAACUCAAUAUUCCAACCAGAAGAUUACCUAUCGAUGAAUUCAUUUCACUAGCAGGUAGAAAAGUUCUUACUACCAGUCAUAUGGUGCAAUUGAUGUUAAGGUACUUUGAUAAUAAAGACUGGAAAGAAGCAUUCGAAAGUGUGCUUCCGCCAAGAAAGUUAGGUGAUAAAAGUGGUUCUUCCGAAGAAUAG